AUGUCUGAGCUCAAUGCAGAGCCCAGCUCCAACCCCAAAACCCACAAGGCUCACAAUGCGCUUCUCGAACGGUUUGCAUGGCCCAUAUUAUACCUAGUGGUCUUCAUGUAUAUCUUGCGAUAUACCUUCAUAUAUUGGGUGGUACUCACCAUCGGGUUCUCGUCUGCUAUCAUAGGAAUUGCAUACGUGGUACUGAGCUUUAGCGUGCAGCGUCCCGUCGAUAACAGGCGAAAACUACGCAGAUUCAAGUUCGUGCAGCCAGAGGAAUGGAAGCUCCAAGUGCUAUCGUUAAGUACCGAUAAGGCUAAGUUGGACCAACACACCACUGACUCGUUCCUCAUCUCGGAAACUAUCGACGAGUUGGUCAACUUGAUCAUCAAGUGCUUCAUUGAUGGCUGGUUCCAUCACAUCUCGUCCUCCACCUUGUUCCAGGACGACAUUCGAAUUGAGUUCAAAUCCGUGGUUGAGAAUCUCCGCCAGAGAUUAGAGACCGUGGACUAUGCAAAACUAGUGGUGUCUCGUCUUCUUCCCAUUAUCCAUGAGCAUUUCGAAAACUUUGUCAAAGCAGAACACGCAGUGUACUCCAGAGCAUCGUUGCCCAAGGCCGAUUCUUCAGAGUAUCAUAUUGCCGUUGCACAAGCCUACGAUCGGGGAAAAAUUCAUUCUGGAGUAACAAUCGGAGAAGCCACUAAUGCAAAGGAGAAGAUAUACUUAAGGGAAAAGGUGUCUUCAAUUCUCCCCUACGUUCUCUCGGAGGCAGAAAGAAACAACGAGAUUUCUCUCUCUUUAGUGACUGAAAUCUUGGCUUGUACUAUUUUGACUUCUAUCUUUCAGAUGGUGGGAGAGGGUGAUUUUUACAAUUUAUUGAUCGUCAAACUUAUUGGUGACAACUUGAAACAUAGGGGUCAAGUCAAACAGUUGAGAGCAGCAUUAGAAGAACAUACACAACAACUUACACACAAAUCAUCCACGAGGUCUUUCAAACCCUCGGACGUUAACAUUGCAUAUUCCAUCACAGAAGACACAGAUACAACCACCUUCAGAGAACUUGCACUUAGUAGUUCCAAAACUGUCGAAACUUCAAAUAAGGUGGUCGAGACAUUGCAACUUAGUGAUAUCUUGAACCAGCCCUCUGCUUGUAAGUUAUUUGGUGAAUAUUUGAGCUACAGAAACAAGAGGUAUCAAUUAGAGUUUGUGCAGGCAAUAGACCAGUUGAAAGCACCAUUAGAAGAUGCCACAAUAGAUGAAGAUGGCGAAACCAAUCUUUCACUUUCACUUGAGUUUGGCACAAUCGAGGAUAUCAAGAAUAUUUACUACAACUACCUUGAGAAUAAUACUUUCAAUGUGGAUUACGACUAUAAGGGGGUCAUAGAGACCUUGGUAUUUUCCAAGGAUGAAAAAAGCGCCAUGGAGGUAUACAAGAAAUGCAGAAAGGAGUUGUUUAGGUUACAAAAAGAUAUCAUCCAAGCCUUGAACGAUGCUGAGUUCCAGUCUUUCAAGAGAUCUUCACUCUUUUCUAAGCUUAUUAAUUUUGAUACAAUUCAGGAUGACAAUGGCAGACACAAAAAGGCAAAAUCUAAAACCGAUAAUAAUGAAGUAAGUCUCCAAGUUUUGCAAGCCGUCGAAAAUGCUUUUACUCAGAUCAUGCAGAAUCCCGAGGCCAAUAGCGAGGACUUUUCGUUCAACAAGAACAAAGACCCUCCUAUUAUAUCUUCGUUUCUGGAUUACUCAGACGACAAGCCUGUGCUGACUAUUGAUAUGAAGAAGAGUUUAUUUGGUGAUUCUUCCAGUUUAUUCGGAGGAGACGCUAACGACAUGGGGUCGAAUAGACAUUCCAGGUUGUUUGAUGACGUGAGCGAUGAUUCUAUGACCGAUAGCGAUUCAAUGAAUUUAGAAGGUAGAGAUUCGCCAAUUGAAGAACCUUCCACAAUCGAGCAGGCUAGUAAUAGCGAUUCGCAAGUCUUUUUGGCUGCUCCCGGAGACCUUAGUUUGGCCGAAGAGAUUUCAAAAUUAACAGAGGAGAUCGAGAAGCUACACGAACAGAUUAUCAUUUUGGAUCCAUUGAUCAAAAAGGCUGAAUUAACCAACAACAUCACCGAAUUGAAGAUUUUGAGAAAAUCCAGGGUCAGUUUGGAUAGGGAAAUUAACUCUAAAGAACUUCAGAAACAGCAAUAUAUUGUUCAGGAGAAUGAUAACUCUCUUUACGGGAAGUCCAGAGUAAGCAUUCAAUCGUACAUUAGUGGAAAUGAGCACGGUAAGGAGUUUAUUUUAUACAUUGUUGAAGUCCAGAAGGUAUCCAGCGAUGACGCAAAUGUGGUUACCGCGGGCUGGAUAGUGGCAAGGAGGUUCAGUCAGUUCUUCAAACUUCAUGAAUAUCUUCGAGCAAGAUACCCACAGGUGGCCAACAUCAAGUUUCCCAAGCGCACAAUGCUGGUGUUAAAGUUUCAGCAGAGACUGUUGGUAGAUUUGCGGAAAACGGCUUUGGAAGAGUACCUUCAGCAGUUGAUCACAAUUCCGGAGGUUUGUUCCAACAAAGCAUUUCGGUCGUUUUUGUCGUCGGAAAACUUCAAUCUCCGCAAGAACCAGGCGUUCGAGGAGGGGGUGUCGAAUUCUGCCAACUACGAGAUGCGCCCCAAGAACAAUAUCGAAACGGUUGCAAAUAAGCUCUACAAUGGGAUUUCCAACAAGUUGAUCCAGCACACCAGCAGCGUGACCGAAAGCACCACCAACGAGGAGAUCAUGGAGAACAUCCGCGACAUGCAGAAGGAGUUGCGGCAGUACGACGAAGCGGGCGCUUCGUCUAGCGACAACGUCAACAAGGUGUUCGUCAAGCCGAUUUGCGACCUUCUCAUCGCGGUGUUCCGGUUGAACAACACCAAGAGCUGGAUCCGGGGCCGAGCGCUCAUCGUGAUUCUCCAGCAGAUCUUCGGCACCACCAUCGAGAAGAAGGUGAACGAACAGAUCAACCAGCAGCUACGCACCGAGGAAUCGAUCCUUGACAUUCUUAUCAUGUUGAAAAACACGAUUUUUCCCCACGGACGGUUCAAGGACCCGCCUAUGCUCAGGACCAUCUACCAACAGGCGAUGACCAAACAGGAGGCCAAGGUGCUCUUGGCGGUGUUCAUGAACGAGACGUGCUCAAAGAUCUUUGGUGCGUCCAACACCUCGUACGCGUCGUCGAACUUGUUCUCGAUGCUCCAGAACGACUACUUGAACAAGCACCUCCUAUUCGAGUUGCUCGACGAGGCGCUCGCCGCAGUGUUCCCGGAGAUCAAGCGAUAG